UCCAAGAAGGCACAGGCGUACGUGUGCACCGAGUGCGGCUACGACGCGAACCAGUGGUACGGGCAGUGCCCGGGGUGCAAGGUUUGGGACUCCAUGAAGGUGAUGCGAGGCGUCUCCGAGCCCUCGACCGCGUCGUCCGGGAAGAGCUCGGGAGGCGGCGCUGGCGCGCGCGCGGCGAAGGGAUCCACCAUGCCCAGGAUGCGACUGUCGCAGGAGCUGGGAAAGGAGAUCGAGAGGGUCCUCGGAGGCGGGGUCGUUCCGGGGGGGAUGACCCUGGUGGGUGGCGAUCCGGGAGUCGGCAAGUCCACCAUACUCCUCCAGCUCGCGGAUGGGGCCCCAUCUUCGGUCGGCGUCCUCUACGCGUCUGGAGAGGAAUCCGUCGAGCAGGUGGCGGGCCGCGCCGAGCGCAUGGGCAUCGACCCCGACGGCGUCUUCCUGUACAGCGCCACGAGGCUCGAGAACAUCCUCGAGGCUGUCUCCCGCCUCAAACCCGCCGCGCUCGUCGUGGACUCGAUCCAGACGGUGUUUUUGGAGGACGCCACGGGAUCGCCCGGGUCGGUGUCGCAGGUGAGGGAAUGCGCCACCGCGCUGCUGCACGCCGCCAAGACCACCGGCAUGCCCGUGUUCAUCGUCGGGCACGUCACCAAGAGCGGCGACAUCGCCGGCCCGAGGGUGCUCGAGCACAUCGUCGACGUCGUGCUCUACUUGGAAGGGGACUCCGACCGAGCGGUUCGCAUUUUACGCGGGCACAAGAACCGAUACGGGAGCACCGACGAGGUUGGCGUCUUCCAGAUGAGCGAUGAGGGGAUGAAACCGGUGGCGUCGCCGUCCGCGCUGUUCCUCGGCGAGCGCGUGCUCUCCCCCGACGUCUCCGCGGCGCCCACGGUGACGGUGCAGGGGUCGAGGCCGUUCAUGCUGGAGGUGCAGGCGCUCACCAACGAACGCGCCGACGCGGGCGACUCCAACCCGCAGGCGCCGCCGAUACGCACGGCCGUCGGCCUGAGGUUCGAGCGCAUGCAACUUCUCCUCGCGGUGCUCGCAAAGUUCGUCCUCGGCCGCGGCGUGUUGAAGAACGACGUGUUCAUCAACAUCGUCGGCGGGAUGAAGCUCGACGAUCCGUCCACGGAUGUCGCGGUGGCGCUGGCCAUCGCGAGCUCGUUCGUGGAGAAACCCUUACCGCCGGACAUGUGCUUCUUCGGCGAGGUGGGCCUCGGGGGCGAGCUGCGGCCGGUGAUGCAGUCGGAGCGGAGGAUCGCGGAGGCGGCGACGAUGGGUUUCCGGAGGGUGCUGCUGCCCGAGGCGGGGAGCGACGAGUCCACGGAGAAGGCGGCGAAGAAGAACGGGGUGGAGCUGGUUCGGUGUAAGACGAUGGCGGACGCGCUUCAGGCGGCGUUG